UAAAGUGUGCCUCACCUCAUAUUGUCUCUGAGCUGCUGAAGAGUGAAUCGACUACAAUGCUGAUGGUGUGGGAAAAUAUUUUUUUUUGCUGCCACACAGUAAGGAUGCAGUGCACUCACCUUUUGACUUGAAACCCCUUUGUGCACAUACAAAUCUUAUUAAUGGAGGAGGUGAUCCACACCCUACAGGCUGCAGGUUGUCACCAUUCCCUUAUCAGGUUAAAUUUAUGUGUUGAAUGUUUUCAUAACCCUUAAAAACAGGUUUGUACUCUUCAGAAAGUCAAUGACGGCCUUUGUUACUUUUAUUGCAUGGUUACACGCAGGCUUAGGACAUUUCUUGAGAAUAUCAAAAUGAGUCAAUGGUCAAUAAAUUUGGCUCGUGUUUGGCGCACAUGCAGCCGCUGAUGAUUCCUGCCUGGAGAUGAGGUAACAUUUUCUCAAAUCAGGAAAGAAAAAAUGAGGGAAACAACUUCCUUGUGUGCCUUUAACAAUGCUGCCUGUCUCCAGGAUGAAGACACCCACUGUCUGCAGGUCUGAUGCUUUCUACUUUCAAUUCGUUGUAUCAUCUAUGCACUUUGGCUGUGAUUUAAAAGAUUACAUUCAUUUUAUUGUUAUUUCAGCAUUUGAUGCAGCCAAUGGAGAACGAGACACAUUCACAGAAUCCCAAAAAGGCAAAUCAAUGAAACUAAGAUUAUAAUAGUAGUUGUGAUUUAUUCUCUUCUAGUAUUUUACUAAGUAUUACAAAUAAAAUAAAAUAAAGGAUGAGCAGACAUCCCCUUUAUUUUGUGACUUUUAUUCUUUAUUACUAAGUAGCCUGUGCCAACUUCAAAAAGGGGAAAAAAAUCUUCAUCUACCUCUGGUGUGAAAUAAAAACAUAAUUCCAAGCACUUAGGUGUGUUUUUAUUUAGUGUAGUAGAAUGAGCCUCUUGUUUUUCUUCAUAUAUUUAUUAUUUUUCCUUAAACUGCUUUGUCUUUUGUCUCUUUCAAUUAAUUAUACUCUUAUUUUUUCAAUCGUCUUACUGUCUGUUAGAGCUCGAGAGUUUGGUUUUUAUUUUACAGAAUAAACAAAGCAGAGAAGAUGUGUUACAGUUGACGUUAUCUAAAUUCAAGUUCUAUAUAUUUGGUUGUAUUUCAUUUUAUACAGUGAAGCUCAUCUCAUGUAGUAAUCAUGUUAUAACAAGGAGAUUAUCAUUCUAUUUGUUUUGUGAGAGGAAAAAAUGGGAUCAUAACUAAAGAAUGUUUCCUUCAGCAAAGAAUGUGACCAUUUUUGUUUCUGCCCCACUCACCUGUUUGAGACAAUAAGGCUUUCUUAGCAGGUCUCUCAGUUCUGGUGCAAUUCUGGAGUUUCCUACGAGUGACGGAGGUCAGAGGUUUUGUUUCUGCCUCUGACUCACACAGGGCAGCCACGCCCGCGCCCCUGUGGAGAAUAUAAACCCGCCAUCACUGCCUCAGUCUCAAACCAGGUCGAGGCACAGAGGCUACACCUGCAGCUCAGAGUCAAAACAGUGAUCCUCUUCACCCUGCGUCCUGGUUCUGUCGUCGGACCAUGGAGGCCCAGCGGUAUCCCAUGAGUGUGCGUUUCACCGGAGUGUUGCACAAGGAGAAGAGCAAAAUGUACAUCACCUCCGUGCUGUGGUCGGACCAGAGCGACAUCGUUGUUUACAGAACUUUUCGGGAGUUCAAGCAAUUCCACAAAAAAAUGAAGAAGGCCUUCCCAGCAGCAAGUAAAUUGAAAAAAUCUGAGAGAAUCAUCCCACAGUUUCGAGACAAGAAGACGAAGCGGAUCGGUCCCAAGAAAUCCCUCUUGCGCCUCAAACUCUUGCAUAAAUACUGCAACGAGCUUCUGAGCUGCGACCCGCGGGUCACUCAGUCUGGAGACCUCAUCCAGUUCUUCCAGCCCAAAGACCAGGACCUGCAGCCGGACUUCUCUAAGAACAGCAUCAUCAUCAUGCCAUCGGAAAAUGAACUCAACGGCGACACAGGCCACCUCCACGGCGGCAACGUAACCCAGCCGUUUGUCACAGAGACGUACAGAUGUGUGGCCUCGUACGAGACCAAAGACACCAAGAACAAACCUUUCAAAGUGGCCGUGGAUGAAAAAGUGGACGUACUGAUAAAGGAUAAAGCAGGGUGGUGGCUCGUGGAGAACGAGGACAAACGGAUGGCCUGGUUCCCUGCCCCCUAUUUGGAGACGCUGGAUGACGAUGAAGAUGAAACAGAUGGGACUCCUGAAAGAGGAACGCUGUGCACUGCAAUCAAGAGCUACAAGGCCACCAAAGACGAUGAGCUGACUGUGCACAUCGGUACAAUGGUGGAGGUCCUGCAGAAGUCUGACAACGGCUGGUGGCUCAUCAGAUACAAUGGUAAAGCAGGUUACAUCCCCGCCAUGUACCUGCAGCCCUACAGCCACCCUCACAUCCGCAUGCCAGGAGACCAGCAAAACCGUCGCUCCUCCUCUGUGCUACCAGCAUCCUCCUCCUCCUCGAUGCUGGAACAGUCCCACCAGCAAAACCGUCGCUCCUCCUCUGUGCUACCGGCAUCCUCCUCCUCCUUGAUGCUGGAACAGUCCCACCAGCUCAGCCUCUCUUCAGGUAACCUUCUGAAGCUUCCACCCACCAGGUCCUCAUCCUCCCUUUCGCUCCAACCAGACACGAUUCAGAGGUCUCGCUCUCUCGACAUCGUGUCUGAGCCACCUCCUGCUCAGCCAGCCCCGAGUACCUCUGCCACCAACGUUGCCACAGCAACCACCCCUGCAAAACACUCUCCUCCGCCCACCAUCAUGGUGCAAAUGGCCGGAGGGGAGGAGGAGCGUGGCAGGAGCCUGAGGGCAGAGAGCGAUGCAAGCUUUGUGAGCAGCAGCAGCAGCAGCAGUGAAUUCAGCUGCAGCGACGACCUCAGUUCCUCCUCAGCAAGCUUGUCCCUCAACCUGAGCCAGAGCGCCACUGAAGAGCGGCUGCGCCACAGCCGUACGCCUCCACCCGGGAACGGCCUCAGCCCAACGUACGGCACAGAGGGGAAAAUGCUCCCCAGUGUCUCUGAUCCCAACCUUUACAAGGGGAACUCCAUGCCCAAGGUGCCGCCCAGGCCGCAGCCUCGGGAGAUCCUCACCCGCUGCACCACCAUCACCCGCAAGAACGCCGGCAGAGGCCUGUCACCCACACAAACUGAGAUACUGAGCCAGUGAACUUUUACUAUCAAGGAACCUCAUCUGUUCUGUAGAUGUUGAUGAGUUUUGUUUAAUUUUAUUCUCAUACACAUUGACAUUCUGCUGCAUUUAUCAAAACAAGGGGGUUGUGUACACUAACUGGAAUUAAGAGUCACUGCACCAUAUAGUGUGAGAGGACUGUGGGAAUAUAUAGCGGGAAUUAAGUUGUGUCUCUUUAAAACUGCAUAGAAAACACUUUUCUUCUAGUCUCCCAUGAGUAAUGUGCAUUUUCUCAACUUCUGUAAAGUCUGCUAAAUUUUACCAGCUCACAUGAAUAAAUAGGAUGAUUAAUCAGGUUACGGUAAACAUUCUCAGCCCACAUCUUCACUAUCCGCUCUAAAAUGUUUAUUUUCCAUACUGGAAACCCGUGUUGUGCCUUAUAUGCAUUUGCACUGUGUUGAGUGCAAGAGUGUGAUUGGUUUGUUAUUUUACCUGCAAAAAAUGAAAGCCAGUGUGUUCAGGCUGUUGUUGAAGUAAAAAUAAACCUCACUUGAAGAAUGGGACAUGUGCAAUUACUCUACACUGACUAUACACACCAGAUUAAACCAUGUAGAUUCACUGGGUGUGUUCACAUGUUACUGUGGAGCUGGGAACAAAUAAAAAACACUUUUAUCAUG